AGAAAUGAUGCCUUAAGAUGCAAUGGCAUACAUUAAAACAUUACAUACUCUUCAUAAGCGACUUUAAAAUGAGGAAUAAAUCAUUCAAGGUUAUCAUACUGUCUGCCAUUUUAGUCAUACUUCUGAUACUCUGCUUACGACCACAUAGUAACACUAUAAUAAAUGUAUCUAAUAGUGUAUUCAAUCACCAAAAUGAUGUGAUCUAUCCAGAAGACAGAACUGAUAUCAAAGGAGACUCAAAAGAUGAGAGUAACCAUAUUAGUGGGAACAUUAAUAUAUCAAACGAUGUUGGAGAUAUGAAUAGACGUGUCUUAUAUGAUUAUACAUGCGAACCAAUGGAUUCCAAUAGUACCUGUCAACCUCUGAAGUUCUCCAAGAGGCUGUUACCUGUGACUGCAUUGUACAGUCUACCUGGCUCUGGAAAUACGUGGAUGAGACAUCUUAUACAACAAAUAACAGGAAUUUACACAGGGUCAGUAUACAAUGACACGGAUCUCCUUCAGAAUGGAUUUCCCGGUGAAGGAAUAAAAGAUGGUAAGGUUGUCGUUGUCAAGACACACCGUGUGCAGACAUUAGACAAAGGAGACUAUAAACAAGCCAUCAUUUUAUUACGUAAUCCAUUUGAAGCUUACCUUGCAGAAUUCAAACGGCAUUUUGGAGGACAUACAUCUGGAAUUACAAAAGAAAUGUUAAAUCAAACACGCAUGCGAUAUGGUUUUAAUAAUUUCAUGAGGAACACUCUCAAAAACGGAGUUACACGAAUAGACAGUUGGUUAAACGCCACACUUUCCGCAUUAAACAUAGUUAGUUCUGAUAUACCAACACUUAUAAUUCACUACGACAAUCUGAAAACUAAUUUGAAACAAGAAUUGAUUAGGAUUUGUAGUUUUCUUGGGUUAAACAUUUGGGUUGAUGAUCUUCAAUGCACUAUCUGUAAUGCCGAAGGGAACCAUCAUAGGAAAUCCGAACGUUUCUUCCCGUACACCAAAGGACAAACGAUGAACAUUACAGCACAUAUAAAGAUCGUGAAUGAAACACUCAGAGCAACAUGUGGUGAAUCGUGCACAUUGCCUUACGUCGUCGGAAAAGUGUGACUUGUUAACAAAAAAUCCAUCAGUUGUCUUAAUCUUAAUCACUAGGACUGAAUGACUAUAUUUUCUUACUUCUUUGAUAAUGAAGCAAAAGUACCAAGAUUUAUAAGGGGAAACGUUUAUUCUAUGCUUUAAUUUAACGUCUUCCCAUUACAAUUUAACUUGGCAAAUGUGUUACCAUAGAUUACGUCAGAGACUUUCAACUCUUCGCCAACUACAAAGUCGUAGAAGUCAUGUUUUAAAAUGCGCUAAGUGAGAUUCGCUCGAACAAAGUGGCUUACCUAGCCUCAGGGGAAGAACGUUUUCUAUCAGAAUAAAGAUGGCGAAUAUAUUAUGAAUUGUACAAAAA